AUGAGAAGAAGCUUCACCACAGUUGUAGCGUUGCUCGCUAAGCGCAGCAAACAGGACUCACAGAACACCCUUAAGUUUUUGGCCCAUGCUAACAGAUCUACUACUAUUUCGUCUCUUUUCGAGAAACCGGGUACGGACGCAGUUCAUGUCCAAAAAGUGGUCGAUCUGCUGAAUAACGAGCUUCCCGACGGAGAAAGCAAUAGAAGAAGAGUUGACGCUCAUUAUGACAUCCUCAUGUCCAGACUGAAGCAGGUGGUCGAAAAAUCCAUUGCUCAGACUGGGGUUGACGAUGUAACGCUCAAGUCCCAGCAAUUAAGUGCUCAGGAGAUGAUCAAGAAAUGCACUACCAGUGACCAGCUGUACGCCUUGCUAUUAGAACUCCAGGUGAGUGGUAAACUCACUACGUCUGCGCUCGCAAAAAUCAUCAUGAACCGUCAAUUCACGCAUCUGAGCCAGGUACAGGAGAACCUACCAGGAUUUAGCCACGAGCUCGAGCUAGCAGCUAUGUUGGUCUACAGAGGCCGAGGUCACGAAGCGAGCCUAUUAUACAAAAAUUACACUGAACGGUGGACUUCAAGAUGGCACAAAUUGGCGCCCAUGGCUCAAAAACUGAUAUGGAAAUGCGAUCACAGAAUACUCGGAGUUCCCGGUGUUGUCGAUAGGUCCGUCGAGAUUAGUGGCUGGACUGCUUCCGACUGGGUGGGUCUUUACCAAGCGUUAUAUUCCGCGGCAUACCAGCUGCCUCGUCCUCAUAGCACACAGCUUACGAAAGUACAGCACUUGUUUGUCGAGUCGCUGAGGGCGCUUUCGAUGUGCAUCUCGAAUUCAGGCGAAGCCAAGAAAAGAUCUCUGGAGGCUGUGAGGGCCAGUGUUGAGAACAGACUGUCUUACGACACUCCAGAGGAGACGGGGGCCACAGUGUACCAGUACCGAUUCCUGCGGCGGCUGGACGACCUUUUACAGCUGUCUGCACGCGAUGCGGACGUGCCUGAAGAAGCACGGCUGGUCCUUGCUAAGGUGCUGGACUCUCUGCAUCGCGAAGAGGAGGUAGCCCGGUCUCAGAUGGUAAUCAAAUUUAUAUAG